CUUCAACUCGAAGCGGAGCUGGUUAUUCAUCUCUAUAUUGCCUCUUCUAGGCAGUUUGGCGACAACGUAGACAAUGUACCGAAGCACAACCCCUGGUGACACCGUCGAUAUGGUGUGUCUACUAGGUAUGUAAUGGCUCCAUUGGGGAGCCAGCGAAAUGCGCAGUAGCAUGGGUACGUGCAGAUUACCCAUGGUGAUGUGCAUCUGCUUGUGAUUAUUGGCUGUACAAAGUAAGCAAAUCCGCCGGGACGCGAAAUGAGUUGUUUUCCCAAAGCUAUACUCGCGGGAUGGAAUCUCGACUCGGCGACCAGAUUGUAGAAUUUCGUGAGAUAUCCGAGGUAAUUACCCGUAGGUAGGAGCGCAAGAAACAUGACCGGCCAGUAUUCCGAUGACGAUGACGAACCUCUCUACCCCCCGGCUCGGCGCGCUGGGCCAAGGUCAAGAUCCGGGGACAAUCAGGACCAGCCAAUUCCUGAAGGACUGAGGCAUAUCCGCACGAGAGUCCCGACUAUCGAGAGAGUCGGCCGGGUCGAAAGAGUACUUGGCAACCCUGAAGCUCCGCGGAGACGUGGUAUCCUUCGCCACGGCUCCAUUGACCCUCCCUUCCCUCCUCCGCGGGCGAGAUUUGCUGAAGGGGACCCAAUCUACAUUCAUCCGAGGAGUAAUCCUCCCUCUCACUAUGAGUACGUUUACCAGCCUUCUCCUGUUGGUGUCAGUGGUUACUACGUCACUCCCGACGGCCGUACGGCCCCUCGACCAGCAUACCACGACCCUUAUAGAUUCGGCCCUUAUGUAUACGACAAUCCACGUCUUAGGCCGCGGCGACGGAGCACCCGCGAGUCAGGAAGCGGACCCGUGGACUAUUGGGAUGGGGAGGCCCGUGACAGGCCGCCGAGCUACCUCUACCGUGAAACCCCGAGGCCUCCGCCACACUUUCCGACCACCUCCUCGCCUGAGCAGAUGUCGGAGAGGUCUCCGUCUCCGUCUCCGUCUCCUCCCGCUGCCGGUGCCGGCUCUGGUGCCGGUGCACCUGUACGUGACUCUGCGGUUGAAGGUAACCAAGAUGAGGACAGACCUUCAAAGCAUGUUGGCCGAAGGAUUGGGGGGGUAUUCGAGCCCCCAAGGCGACCGUCUCGGUCCCGUUCUCGGUCCCGUUCCCGGUCCCGUUCCCGUUCACAAUCCAGAUCGCCUGGUAGAUCCCGCUUCCAGCCCACGGCGAGAGAAGACUCAAUCGACUUGGAAAUGAGACAUUAUCUUCAGAGGUCCCAGGACCGAAGCCGAGAACCGCGUAUAGAUCCGGCUGUCACAAAUGACUCCACAUGGAAACCGGCGGGUGACUCUUGCUACUCUUCCGACUCUUACAGCCCGAUCGACAUACACCUUGGGCGCUCAUCACGCAGCAGGUCAAGGAUCCGAAGUCCAAGUCUCUCUAGCGUCGAGGUGGGCGAAUACGAGGAUUUCAUUGCUCACAAAGUCUACGAAUUUACGCCGUCGAGAUCAUCGUCUCAUGCUGGUUCCAAGUCGGAAAAUGGGUCUGAUAGCGAAGCACCGCCAAUGGGAUCGAAAGAAUUACCGCCAAAGAACGAGACUUCGCAGGUUCCGAGGGCGACCCAGACCUUUCAGAUAUACCAGUCUCAGUACACGGGAGAUGCAUUCCUGGACGGAUCUCACUCUGCUAAGCUGACUAUCGUUCAUGACCCAAAGAAAGAACGGCAGCCGCUUUUUCGGUGGAUGCAUUUGAAGCAGACUAUCCUGGACUUUGACUAGCUUUCGGAUGAAGUGGCUCGCCAUCCUGAUCUCCACGAUACGGAGCGUAAUGUCAUUGCGAAGCUCCUUUCUGAAGUGAAGAGAGGCUCCAAAACCAAGCAGACUGCUGAUGGAUCGCAUGUCAAAUAUAUGCAACCGAAACCUGUGCAGUCGCCUCUUCCGCCUGACAAUAACCAACA